AGAAUAUAAACACACUACUACUUCCUGAGAUUUUGUUUCAGAGUUUUUCUGGUACACAAACAAAUGGCUCGAAGAACCUCUCUUGCACUCUUCCUUUUCCUUAACCUCCUCUUCUUCACUUACAGUUCUGCUCAAGGCACUUGUCCUAGAAAUGCCCUUCAGAUCGGUGCUUGCACUAAUGUGCUCAAUGCAAUUGACUUCACAUUAAGAAGCCCACCGCCACCAGUACCGCCGUGCUGCUGGCUCAUUGCAGGCUUGGCUGACCUUGAGGCUGCAGUCUGUCUCUGUACCGCGCUCGACGUUAACGUUCUUGGCAUCAACGUUCACCUUCCCAUCGAUAUCAGUAUACUUUUCCAUGCUUGUAGCAGAUUUGCUCCACAAAGUUUCCAAUGCCCCUAA